UGGUGUUUGAUGUUUGCGUUGUGUUUCAUGCUCCGCUAGACUAGACAAAAGUUUAUUAUAUUUUAAAGGUUUUUGGAGUAAAUUUCGUUUCCAUUUUCGGUUUAAGAGUGCAGACGUUCACUUAUUUGUCGGCCCCAAAAACAACUCAGUAUGGGACGAAACAAAGAUAGUGAAGUUUCAGGAUCGGAUUCCGAUUCGAGUCGUGCCGGUAGUCGCAGUCGAAGCGGCACUCCCCAGGUAGCCCCAACGCCGGGCUAUUCACUAGAGCAUCACGACUCCAGAUCAAAUUCUCCGGCAAAUCGCUCCCGUUCGCAAACACCGCGCAACCGCAGCCUCUCGAGGUCACGUUCCCGUUCAGCUGGCUCUGCGCGGUCAAGGUCCGGCGAACGGUCUCGUUCUGGAUCCCCUGCAGGCUCGCAACGGUCUCGGUCGGGAACACCCAGAUCUCGUUCCGGAUCACAUCGUUCGCGAUCGGGUUCCGGUUCCCCUGCUGGAUCGCAACGUUCACGAUCGGGAUCUCGAUCGCGCAGCGGAACACCACAGAACCGUUCGAAAAGUGGCACGCCCGUUAACAGAUCUCGAAGCGGAACACCGGGUGCUCGGUCUCGCAGUGGAUCGCGCUCCCGUUCGGGUUCACCGGCCAAAUCCCAAACCAGUCGUCGUUCACGGUCACGAUCACGAAAAUCUGGCUCUCGUUCUCCAUCGCAAGCAAAGUCGCAUCGGUCAAACCGAUCUGAAUCAAGGUCACGAUCCCGGAGCGCGGGUUCAAACCGAUCCGGUUCUGCUGGUUCUGAAGUUGGCGAAAAACGUAAGCGAACCAUUGUUUCCAGCGAUUCCGGCUCAGAAGCGGAAAAAGUAAAACAAAAUAAAAAGAAGAAUAAGCUGAUUGAUUCCGAUUCGGAAGAAUCCGAUGUCGGGAAGACAGGAAAAUCUAAGGAGAAUGUAACAGCGGAUUCUCUGUUUGGAGACGCAGACGAUAUCAGCUCGGAUGAAAAUUCGGAAAGAGAACGGGAUGAGUUGGAUGAUCUGGAAGAUGAACAACAGAGAAAAAAGGAAAGUGACAGGGAACGUUCGAGAAGUCGAAGUCGGUCACGAUCUCGUUCGAGGUCCAGAUCUCGGUCUCGGUCAAGAAGUCGCGCCGGCAGUGAGCGUUCAGAUGAUGAACGUGGAGAAGAGGGUCUUGCACGAUUUGAAGAGCCCAAAGAACCUGAACCAGAACCCGAGCCAAUACCAGAGACAAGAAUUGACGUGGAAAUUCCUCGCAUUGUGACUGAUUUGGGUCGAGAUUUGCACUUUGUUAAGUUGCCCAAUUUCCUUUCGGUUGAAACACGGCCGUUUGACGUGGAAACUUACGAAGAUGAAAUCGACGAAGAGGAAACGCUUGAUGAGGAAGGUCGCCAAAGGUUGAAACUGAAGGUUGGCAAUACGAUUCGCUGGCGUAACAAUAUUGAUGACGAAGGCAACGGAGUGCGAGAAACGAACGCUCGAAUGGUGCGCUGGUCCGACGGAAGCAUGAGUCUGCAUUUGGGUUCUGAAAUUUUUGAUGUCUAUAAGCAACCACUGCAGGGCGAUCAUAACCAUCUGUUUAUUCGUCAGGGUACCGGUCUGCAAGGGCAAUCGGUAUUCCGUACAAAAUUGACUUUCCGACCACAUUCAACGGAAUCGUUUACUCACAAAAAGAUGACAAUGUCUCUGGCCGAUCGAUCGACUAAGACUUCCGGUAUCAAAAUUCUUACCCAGGUUGGUUUUGAUCCUGAUGCUAAUCGCAAGCAAAACAUCAAAAAGGAGGAGGAAAAGCUUCGAAUGGCCAUGCGUGCGAAACCUGGUGCUCAAAGCAAACCGAGUGGUCGCAGCAAGAAGGAUUCCGGUGCCAAUGCGAACAGUUCCUACCACCCAGACGAAGGAUCAGACGAUGAGGGAGGAAUUUCUAUUGCAGCUAUCAAAAACAAGUACAAGGACGAUCGUUCAAAGCCUAAGCAAGGUGCCGCCAUUUACUCGUCCGAUGAAGAUGGAUCCGAUUUCGAUACGAGCCGCAAAAAGCGAAAUGAUGGCAAAAAGAGGGCUUUAAGAGCAUUAGAAAAUUCCGAUGACAGCGACGAAGGAUCUGGACAUUCGGGAUCGGGCUCCGGGUCCGGGUCGGAACAUGGAUCUGGUUCAGGAUCAGAAGCAGCAUCUGGCAGCGAGAAAAGCGGUGGAGGCGCAAGGAAUAAAUCUGGUGACGAUGGAGGUGGCGAUGACAGUGAUGAAUAAUAAUUUAGUAAUUUGUAUCUACUAUAUUUGUAAUCAUAAAGACUAAUCAAUAAAGCUUCAUUCGCUGCAAUCCUACAUUUUAUAACGG